CCAUGCUCCGCACCGCUCUCCGAUCAGCCGUUCGCCCUGCGCUCCGCGCACAGCCCGUCGCUCGCCCCGCCCUCCUCCGCACCGUCGUCACCAAGCGCUACACGCCCGAGCACGAGUGGGUCUCGUUCGACGACAGCACCGGACUCGGCACCGUGGGCAUCACCGAGUACGCCCAGAAGGCGCUUGGCGACGUCGUCUACGUCGAGCUGCCCGCCACCGGCACCCAGGUCGCUGCAGGAGAGGAGAUUGGCGCCGUCGAGUCGGUCAAGGCCGCGUCCGACAUCUUUGCGCCCGUGUCGGGCCAGAUCAAGGAGGUUAACCCGGAGCUCGAGGACCAGCCCGACCUGCUCAACAAGAGCGCAGAGGCCGACGGCUGGCUCGUCAAGGUGCAGCUCUCCAACCCGGGCGAGUUCGACGGCCUCCUGUCCGGGGACGCGUACGCUGCGCACACGGCGGGCGAGUCCGAGUCGUCGUAAACGAGCGCGACUGCGGCGGAUCGGGCGGGGGACCUUGGUCGAGGAGGGAAAGCGAGGAGGAGGCUCAGAGCGGCGGCGAGCGGAAGCGGCCGCAGUGCGUCGCCCCAAGUUGUAGAAGUUGAUUGCAGUACCUCAACGUG